AGGUUGAUAUUCAAAACAACGAUAUCCGUCUCCGGUGUUUGGACCUUCUUUCUCCUCCUUUCUGGGAUAACGUGUUGCCAACCACAACCUUCCCUCGCGCCCAUAUAUAUCUACGCAAUCGCCCCGACACCGCAGCGGUUCUUCCUUUUCUUCUCCGCGUACCACAAUCCGCCAUUGUAAAUACGAAAGCAAUGGGUCUCUUUGGCAAAGAUCGCGCCGGCACCUUCAAGGCCACCGACGGCUCGGGCCGCCGCUUCACCUGGACCGUCAAGAAGUUCUCUGACUACGAGCCCGGCAUGACACUCGACAGCGACAACGUCACGUGCUUCUCCAAGACGAAGUUCCACCUGCACAUGUCCCUCGGCAGCAGCGGCGACGUCGGCGUGUACAUCCACUACAAGAAGCCUCCGAUUCCCAAGUACUCCUACUACUUCGAGAACUCCAAGAAGCAGGUGCUGCGCCAGCACACCGCCCACACCAUCCCCACCGACUCAGAGCGGUGCGGGCACUGGAACGUGUGCAAUCACAACGACAUGAAGGACUUCCUGGGUGAGGAGGACACCCUCUACGUGCACUUCGCCUUCGAUGACGACAACAUCGUGGUGAAGCGCAUGCCGGAGAAGAACACGCUGUCCGUCAUGUGGACGAUCCCCAACCUGAACGAGCAGAACGUGAAUCCCUUCUCGUCGCAGGGCUUCUUCAUCGACAGCACGCUGCUCGUCGCCCGGAUAGACGUGAAGCGCAGCAACGCCGACACCAUGGCGAAGUGCGACCCGGCGGACAUAAACACCUACAUUAUCUUUCUGUUCUGCCGCAAGGGCAAGGUGCCGCCGCACAGUGUGGACCUGAUUGACGCCUCCGGCAACUCCUACUUCCGCGCGGAGCGCAACGAGGACGGAACGGCGCAGACGGUGAUGGUGGACAGCCAGCUCGUGCAGACGAACACGGCCAAGUCGGGCAUUCUCUUUGUGAAGUUCGAGUUCUUCAGCGGGGGCAAUCCACUGGAGUCGCUCGGCAUGGGUGGUGGCGCCCCUGCGCCGAGUGGCGGGGAGGACCGCACGGUGGAGCUCGGUUCGAAGAAGGAGGCCUACAACGUCAUGGACGACUAG